AUGGAAAAGGACUUGCGCCAACCCGGGACCGCCCCCGGCGACAAAGGCGCGGCCGAGCUCGCCUUCGCACGCUCAGAUGUCGAGACCGGCGACCAGACCGGCCUCAGCGCCUGGUUCGGCGGCCGCAAGACCAAAGUCGGCCCCCGGAUAGCUCCUCGCCAGGAGGGCCUGGGGGAGCACUCGGACGGCGAAGAGAGCCCCGACGCCAUCCUGGGGAAGCAGCUCGCCGAGGAGGACGGCCAUGCUAUCAAGUACCGGACCUGCAGCUGGCAAAAGACUGCUGGCCUGCUCUUCUCCGAGUACAUCUGCCUAGCCAUCAUGAGCUUCCCGUGGUCAUACAGCGUCCUCGGGCUCGUGCCCGGGCUGAUCCUCACCGCCGUCAUCGCCCUCAUAGUUCUCUACACUUCUCUGGUUCUCUGGCAGUUCUGCUUGAGGCAUCCAGAAGUCCGCGACGUCUGCGAUAUUGGCCAGAUGCUCUUCUGGGGCAAGAAAUGGGCGUGGUACGCCACCGCCGUCAUGUUCAUCUUGAACAACACCGUGAGUGCUCUCCACGUCCUCGUCGGCGCCAAGUACCUCAACACGAUGACCGAGUCCGACCCCGUCGUCUGCCGAACCGUUGUCUUCUCCAUCGUCGUCACCGUCAUCUGCUGGGUCUGCUCGCUGCCCCGCACGUUCGACUCGCUCUCCAAGGCCGGCACGGCCUCGGCGGUCUUCACCUUCAUCUCGGUGCUGCUGGCCACCAUCUUCGCUGGUGUCCAGUCGCAUCCCGCCGGCUACGACCCCCGGUCCACGUACGUUGACGCGAGCGGCGUAACCCAAACCGGCGGCAACCCCAUUGUCACAGCCGUUCCGGUCAUGUCUACCACGUUUGUGGCCGGCAUGAACGCCUUCUUGAACAUCAGCUACACCUUCAUCGGCCAGAUCACAUUGCCUAGCUUCAUUGCUGAGAUGAAAGACCCUCGCGACUUCCCGAAAGCUCUCUGGGCCGUCACCAUCGGCGAGAUCAUCGUCUUCAGCAUCGUCGGCGCCGUUGUGUACGCCUUCGUCGGCAACCAGUACAUGACCGCCCCGGCUUUUGGCUCCCUCGAGGACGUGUACAAGAAGGUAUCCUUCUCCUUUAUGAUCCCGACACUCGUCUUCCUCGGCGUCCUGUACGCCAGUGUCUCGGCCCGCUUCCUCUUCUUCCGCCUGUUCAAGGGAACGAAGCACCUGCACGAGCACACCAUCAUCGGCUGGGGCUCGUGGGCCACCAUUCUUCUGGCGCUUUGGCUUUUGGCAUUCUUGAUCGCCGAGUUGAUUCCCUUCUUCUCCUCUCUCCUCUCUCUCAUGUCUUCUCUCUUCGACUCCUUCUUCGGCUUCAUCUUCUGGGGUCUGGCCUACUUCCGCAUGAGGAGCGCCGACAACCGCGCCGGGCUACCGAAACAGAACAAGCUUGUUGACUGGGCGUCCAUGGGUCUCAACAUCAUCAUCAUUCUCACCGGUCUUCUUUUCCUUACGGCUGGAACGUAUGCCAGUGUCGAGGGUAUCAUCGAAGAAUUCCGGGCCGGCACAGUCGGCAAGCCCUUUGGUUGUGCUUCCAACGGACUCUAA